AUGGUUGCUGUGGCAGUCGCAACUACACUAUUACUGCAUCGAUAUAUAUCAUUUAAAAAGACUCCAUUAUAUGUAUAUAUUAUGACAUGGAUUGGCUGGUUCAUGUGCUUUGGUAUCGUUGUCUUGGUACCAGUCGAUAUAUUAGCCACCAAGUAUAGAGAGUGUACAGAGAUUACACCACCACAUGAAUGCCCGAAUGAACCUUGGACAUACGUAUCGAAUGAGUUCCUCACUCGCUUCUAUCAGACCUUUUACUUUGGAACAUUGCUGCUCACAUGGUUGGUCUAUCCAUUCUUGGGAUCAUUCGUCUUGGCUGGAGACUUUAGGAUCACGGAGAGGAUCCAUCGAGCAAUCCGUGAGAAUGUAUACAUCUAUCUCGGAUUGGGUCUCGUUGGCUUUGUCAUCAUGAUCUAUCUUCUGGCCGUCAAGAACCUCGACUGGAAGUCAAUGGUUGGUCUUGCCAUGGGUGCAGCCAAUGCCUGGGGUAUAGUCCUAGUCAUUGUACUCAUGGGUUAUGGACUUGUGGAAACACCAAGAUACUUCUGGAAUGUGGCAAAUAGACAGAUAACAUUGAAGCAUCUUCAGUUCAAGGUUGCAGACUUGUCGCAGCAGAGGAAGAAUGCACAUGAUGAGCUGCUGACGACGAUGAAGCAGAUUAAGAAGGUCAGGGAGAAGACGAGGAAGUUCGACCCGUACGAGAAGUACCUCGAGUCGAUCAUCGAGCAGUGUCCGCCCGAGUACCACGACAUUCAGAACGGAGAGGGCACGGGCGAGAUAACCUACGCGACGUUGGUGGCCCUCAACACUCGCCUAAAGACCGCCGUCCAGAACCAGAACAGGACCGAGUCAUUGUACGAGCAGUGCGUCCUCGAGGCCUUUGGCCUGGAGGACAUCAUCAGCAGCUCGUCCAACCCCGGCCGCACCGUGCAGUGGAGCCACAAGGCCCCUCGCACUGGUCGCUUCGCCAACCUUAUCAACAGGUUCGAGUGGGUCUGGUACAACUACCUGCAAAUACCUACCGUCAUCAUCCUGGCGCUGUUCUUUGCGCUGCAGUCGCUGCUGCUGGUGUGGUCCGAGAUUGCCAUGGCCAUUCCCACCAUGGACCUCUCGCCACUCUCGCUGCUUGUGAAGCGCACUGACAUUGACAGGAUCGACACGCAGCUCGUCCUCUUCUUCCCACUCGGCUACGCCGCCCUUGUCACGUACAGCACACUGUUCAAGAUCCGAAUCUUCAACUACUAUCGUCUGAUCCCACACCAACACUCUGAUCCAAACAGCAUACUAUUCAGCGCAGCAUACUUAUGUCGACUGGCAGCGCCACUGUGCUUCAACUUCAUCUCGUUUAUUAAGACUGCGACCACUUUUAAUGCGGUCAUGGGUGGAAUGGACGCGACACCAUUGCUUGGCAAUUACUUCUACGUGUACUUCCCUAUUGUGAUCACUGUAGUCGUGCUGGCAACCACUUUCAAUCUGUACACUCGCUUGAUGAACUGUCUAAACAUCACUCGCUUCCGUUUCGACUCGGACUUCUCGCACGAGAACAUCGACGAAGGAAAGAUGAUCUUGACGACCGAGAAGAGGAGGCGGUCGCUCAACCAGACGCUGGCAUCCGACUCAACAUUCGCCUCGCCCAUGUCUCCGUCGCGAACCACCUCGACCAACAACAAGAAGUACUCACUGCUUCAGAGCUCUCUGGACAACGACUUUGACGACGACGAUGAUCUGGAGAGUGGCAACAUCGACUUCUUUGGAUCGUCCGGAGGCAGCAGCAGCAAGAGCAGCAGCAGCAAGAGCUCUGGCGUUGGAUCGUCCGGCAGCUUCAGCACCAAGAACACUGGCAGUAAGAGCAACAACCCUUCAGCCAAUCCAAUUGAUCGAUUCAAGAACUCACUCAAUGGAUUCCCCAACAUCUUUGGCAAGAAGUAA